AUGAGAAUAUAUCCAGUCUUGCUGCUGUUUGCACCCCUAUUGGUCCUCUUCUCGCAUGUUCAAGGUCACUCGAUACGUUCUUCGCCAUCACAAAAGGCGACCCGUCUGGAGUCAGUUGUCAUACAUACGUCGUCAAAACAAAUCAAAACCGAGUCCGAGUUCGAUCUCACAUUCAGGAUCCGAGAGCAGGAUCAUGAAAUCAGGCUGAAGCUGGAGCGAAACCCUUACCUGCUCGCACAUCGCCCUCAAAUUCAAUAUCUUGACACGGAAGGAGUCGUCAAACGGACUGAGCCAUUUAUUGAAGAAGACCAAAGGGUAUUCAGAGGAGGGGUGUGGAUUCAAAUCACAGGUCGGCGUUGGGAAAAGGUUGGUUGGGCGCGGAUAUACAUCGUUCGUGAUGGGGAUGAUCCUCUGUUUGAAGGUACAUUUAGUGCCUUUUCCCAAUACUACGACGUAAGGGUAUUAGGUGACACGGUUGAGGACACUGGUGCAUCUGCUCAAGAUGGGUACAUGGUGGCAUAUCACUCUUCAAGGACGGACCUGCGCCGUGAUAUAGAAGAUUCAGCUGAGCCGUCCCAUUGCGCAGCUGACCAGCUGAUGCCCCAUUCUUUGGCCCCUCGGAUGAUAUCGGUUGACGAUGUCUCCGAAGGGCUGUUCCCUGAUACCUCCUCUCGUUUGGAAAGGCGUCAGUCAACUCUCAGUAGAGAUGAUCUGGUCGAUAGUAUCGGCAAUCACGCUGGCUGUCCUACCAGCAGAAGAGUCGCAUUAGUCGGGAUCGCAACGGACUGUACGUAUACAGCAGCGUUCGAAUCCACAGAAAGUCUGCGUCGAAGCCUUAUCAACAUGGUCAAUACCGCAUCAGAACUGUUUGAAAGUACUUUCAACAUCUCACUUGCUCUUCAUAACUUGACGAUCAGCGAUGCAAAUUGUCCAGAGAGUGCUUCGGAUUCUGCACCGUGGAAUGUUGGAUGCUCCGAGGGAGACAUGAAUUGGCGCUUACAACAAUUUUCUUCCUGGCGGUCUUCACUGAGCGAGACAGAAAACGCCUAUUGGACGCUCAUGACCGGCUGUCCGUCGGGAUCAGAAGUUGGUAUCUCAUGGAUAGGCCAACUAUGCAGCUCACAGUCAAAUACCAACGUUGUAGCGCGGACGUCCAACCAGUGGCAGUCACGAAUCGGGCCAUACAUUUGGCGCAGUCCACGACUGCGAUUCAAGCGCCUGUUCUUCCAGUACCCAGUGCUGCCCAUUAUCCUCGUCCACGUGCGACGCAGACGCUCAGUACAUCAUGAAUCCAUAUUCACAGUCCUCACAGACCGAGUUUUCCCCCUGUACCGUCGGGAAUGUCUGCUCGCUACUCGGGUCACGAUACAUGAGAACAAGCUGUCUUCUAAGCGAUACGAGCAACAUACCGACCUUACGGCUGGGGAGUGCGGAAAUGGAAUUGUGGAGGAUGGGGAGGACUGCGACUGCGGUGACAAUUGUGACGAUAACAGCUGUUGCGACGGAUCAACAUGUCGGUUCCGCGAUGGUGCCGUCUGCGAUGAUGCAGCCGGACCAUGCUGUACCAACUGCCAGUUUGCAUCAUCCACCACGGUGUGUCGUGACAGUACUGGAAGCUGCGACAUCCAGGAGACCUGCACUGGAAAUUCCAGCGCUUGCCCUACCGACAGGUUUGCACCCGAUGGGCAAACGUGCGGCAACUCAUCCGAUCUCUUUUGCGCCAGUGGAGAAUGUACGAACCGGGAUAUGCAAUGUCAGCAGUUGCUGAACACCAAUGGCACGGGCGUGUCCGCCUGCAAUACCGACUCGUGCACCCUCAGUUGCUCAGUUGAUUGGUAUGGCUCUGGGACUUGCAUGGGCAUGAACCGGCAGGUGCAAGAUGGUACCCCCUGCUCGGGCGGGUUUUGUCGCAGCGGCCGGUGUCGGUCUGAUAGCGAGAAUACCAGCUCAUGGGUGGAUCGCCAUCGCUCUCUGAUCAUUGGACUGUCUGCUGGAAUCGGCGGGGCCUUGGUCCUUGCGGUACUUUUGAGCAUAAUCUUUUGCUGUUGCUGCCGUCGUAAGAAGCUCCAACGAAGGCCAUUCCACCAGCACCUCCCGUUACAGGUCAAGUCCCUCGUGUGCCACCGCCAUAUUCUCCUACCAGCCCUACCAGGUCUAUAG